CAUAUGUUUAUCAUGGUAGAGAUUGCAAUCUAUAUUUUAUACUUACAUAUUACAAAUUGCAUUGAUUAAUAAAAAUAAAUAAAAUAUGGAUAUGAUUUAUAUGGCUCUAUUCACUCCACACAGUGGCAACUGGCAAACACAAAAACACUUCUUCUUCCACCAUUAUUAUUCAAAAAGACAAAAAAGCCAGAAGCCAAAAUGGACGUACCGCCGCCAACCCGGCCGGAACCAACUCCCGACCGCCGCUACCUCCGCCGUACUACACCAUUUCAAUCAUUCAUCAUUUCUCUCUGUUUCAUCUUCUUUGUCUUAGUUUCUCCAUUUCACAGUUUCAGUUUCCAUUUCUUUAAGUCUCAAUCUCCAUGGAAAAGUUUGGACUUCCUCAGUCUUGCUUUGGUCCUCUUCGCCAUCGCCUGUGGGCUUCUCAGCAAAAACAAUGGCGAAAACACAAUUCAUGAAGAAAUUUACAGACCUACUUUUACUGCAGAUGAUUCAGAACAUACCCACAAGUCAAAUCCUUCAACCCCAAAUCAAUGGAAUGGUUAUUCAGAUCGGACGGACCAGAUUCUUCUCCAUCAUCCACCGGAGGUCGCCGGAGUUGAAUACUGGAAGCUUUCCUAUGGCACUAAUUAUAUGACCAAUUAUCAUUCUCUAAGUUCAGAUUCUCUUCAGCAUUGUCAAAAUUUGAAGGAUUUGGAUGAUGGGUUUGUUUCCAACAGAGCUUUUAGAGCUACAUUUCCUGUAUAUAAUGAAGAAACUUCCUCUUCGUUUUCGCCUCUGCAUCAAUUCUCUGUUCCGUCAUUAAUGACAGAACCACCUCAGCCUUCUUCGCCGCCGGUGAAAAUUCCACCAACAGGUGCAAUUGUUGAAGCAGAAGUAGAGAGAAUCAAUGAAGGGGAUGGAGAUUUUGAACCAGAAUUGCCCGGACUGGAUUUUCAGGCGUUGGAGGGUGAAAUAAACGAGAACGAGAAACAGAGAGAAGAACAGAGUAAAGAAACAAAGAGGAACAAGAAGAACAAGAAGAAGAAGAUGAAGAAAUGGCAAAAGGGAGUUGAGAAUUUCAAAGAAUUUCUUACUCCACAGCAUCGGUACAACAAUCGACCUUCAUCUCCGCCGCCAGUGGCGGUUCAUCACUAUCAAACUUCGAGCAUAAUCGGCGAAACGAAACAAGAUUUGCCAGCUUCACCAGAAUCUGCGGCGCACAAACUCAUUGCUGUGAGUGUGAGAUUCCAAAAUAGCACCGGUGAGCAACCGCCGUCGACGGGGGAGGAAUUGCAGAUUGUAACAAAAGGGGAAUCGACAAGAACGGAAAAUGCAGAGAGAAAGAGUACGAAAUUUUGUGAGAGUCCAGAUGUGAACAGUAAGGCUGAUAAUUUCAUCGAGAGAUUCAGGGAGGGUUUGAAAUUGGAGAGGAUGAACUCGAUCAAGGAGAAACAGAGGAAGACGAGGACAUCCAUUUUGGGCCGUAAGGGCCCAUGAUAGUAAGUGGAUCGGCCCAAUUUAAAUUUUAUUUAUUUGUUUGUUAAUUAAUGACUAAAUAUAUAAUUUCUUUCCUAAUUAUUUCCAUUGUUCAAAUGUGGGAGUGAAGGUUCAAUUCUCUUUGAUGAAUCUCAUUUA